AAUACAGACAGACAGAGAGGGAGAGAAGAAUUUACAGAUGAGUAUGGGGCCGCCACCAUUCCUUUGAAGUUAACUGAAUUUAAUCUCACACUUCAUCAAAUCUCAGAAGCAAUAGUUGAUAGAACUCCUCCAAGAAUCAAUCUUUACACAAAACUGUGAUCCAAAAACAUUUUUAGAUGCUCAAAGUGGAAGCUAUUGUCGGCACAAUCUACAUUUUCAGACAACUCUGUUACUAGGAAGUCAACAUCUCUGUCCGAAAACAAUACAGAAGCUAAUAAAUAAUCGACAAGAAUCUGUGAAGAUCACACUGUCUCUAAGUUCAAGAUUCAAUUUUUCCCCCCUUCCGUUUGGGCUUCAUCUGCAGCAAUGGUUUUCAAGAAAGUGGCAGUUUUGAUGAUGCGUUGUUUAGGGAUAUCGAAGCAGCCCACUCUUCCUGCCCCUCCUGCUGAAACUGCUGAAUCUUCAUCCAUUGAUGUUGAAAUCUGUGGCUCAAAAGGAAUCAGGCUCAGUGAUGGCAGAUUCUUGGCUUACACAGAGAGAGGAGUCCCCAUGAAUAAGUCCAAUUACACAGUUAUUGUUGUUCAUGGAUUUGGUAGCUCUAAAGAAAUGAACUUUAUGGCUUCCCAGGAUUUUCUUGAGGAGUUGAAGAUAUGCCUUCUGUUGUUCGACCGGGCUGGAUAUGGCGAAAGCGAUCCCAAUCCGAAGAGAUCCUUAAAAAGUGAAGCCUCUGACAUUGAGGAGCUAGCUGAUAAGUUGCAGCUGGGAUCAAAGUUCUUCGUGCUUGGCGUUUCGUUGGGGUGCUACCCUGUCUGGGGUUGCCUCAGACGAACACCAAACAGGCUAGCUGGUGUUGCAUUAGUAGUUCCAUACAUAAACUACAAAUGGCCUUCUCUUCCGAGUGACCUAACGAAGGAUGACUAUCGAAAGGGCCUUUCCCAUUGGGCUGUUUUCGUUGCAAGCCACGCUCCACGAUUGCUGUAUUGGUGGCUGACACAGAAGCUCUUCCCAUCAUCGACCGUUCUUGAUAGGAACCCUGCAUUCUUCAGUCGAAAGGACAUAGAAGUGCUCAAGAUCACACCGGGUUACCAAUUGCUUAGUCAGAACAAGGUAAGGGAUAGGACAGUGUUCGAUUCCCUACGACGUGAUUUUGUGGUGGCAUUUGGCAAGUGGGACUUCGACCCGUUGGAGCUGUGCAAUCCAUAUCCUCAGAGGGAAAGCACGGUGCAUAUAUGGCAGGGGCACGAGGACAAGGUGGUGCCGGUCCAGCUGCAGAGGCACGUCUCCGGGAAACUGCCUUGGAUUCGGUAUCACGAGGUCCCGGAUGGAGGGCAUCUGCUGGUUUAUGAUUCUGAUGUGUGUGAAGCCAUCUUGAGGUCUCUUGUUCUUGGAGAAGAUCCUCCUCAAAUGUAUAGACCUCAAUGCUAGUAGUUUGGUUGAAUUUUUUUGUCCAUUCUUGUUCAUCACAAAAGUGAUGAUCUUGCAAAGUAGAUUGAAGUAUUGGUAUUCUAUUUGUUUCAAGAAACAUUUGGUUGUGAAUGGAGUUGCAAUUGUUGGUGUUGAAUCCACUAAA